UCAUACUUAAGUAAGUAAGUUGGAGCUUCAGAAAGAGUUACUGGAAGUCCAACUUACUCGGAGGAAGGAUUUCAAUGGCGGUGGAGUACAGAUGUUGCGAGCCGCACUUCUUCAUUAACAUAAUGAUCGCCGUUUUGCUGGUUCUAUUCGCUGGAAUGAUGUCUGGACUCACCUUAGGACUCAUGUCCAUGAGUCUAGUCGAUCUGGAAGUUCUCGCCAAGUCUGGAACUCCCAAGGAUAGAAUACACGCAGCAAAGAUAUUGCCAGUUGUAAGAAGACAACAUUUGUUACUUUGCACCUUACUUAUCUGCAAUGCUGCAUCAAUGGAGGCACUUCCAAUUUUUCUGGAUAGUUUGGUUACUGCUUGGGGAGCUAUCCUGAUAUCUGUUACUUUGAUACUUCUGUUUGGGGAAAUUAUUCCGCAAUCAGUUUGUUCUAGACAUGGAUUAGCCAUUGGUGCUUCUGUGGCCCCAGUUGUUCGUGUUCUUGUUAUUAUCUGCUUUCCCGUUGCGUAUCCAAUAAGCAAGCUGCUAGAUUAUCUCCUGGGUCAUGAACAUAGAGCUCUGUUUCGCAGAGCUGAAUUGAAAACACUAGUUAAUUUGCAUGGGAAUGAGGCUGGAAUAGGUGGUGAACUCACACAUGAUGAGACAACAAUUAUUGCUGGAGCACUUGAGCUAACUGAAAAGAUAGCUAGUGAUGCCAUGACUCCAAUAUCUGAAAUUUUUGCAAUAGAUAUCAAUGGCAAUCUAGACAGGGAGCUGAUGAAUUUAGUUUCAGAGAGAGGACAUAGCAGGGUUCCAGUUUACUAUGACCAACCAGCAAAUAUCAUUGGGCUUGUUCUGGUGAAGAAUCUCUUGACAAUCAAUCCAGAAGAUGAUGUGCCAGUUAAGAGCGUUACGAUACGUAGAAUCCCCAAGGUUUUGGAAACGAUGCCUUUGUAUGAUAUUCUAAAUGAGUUUCAAAAAGGACACAGUCACAUGGCUGUCGUGGUUAGGAAGUGCUACAAAACAGAAGAGCAGCGUGAUCAUCCUGUCGGGACAGAAAUGGAAGUAAAAGUAGACAUUGAUAAUGAAAGAUCUACUCCUGAAGAAAAAGCUUUGAAAACCAAAAGAUAUCUCCAGAAAUGGAAGAGUUUUCCCAACGGUGGGAGUAAUAAUAAUAAUAGUUCUAUCCGGGGCAGUAGGAGCAAGAAAUGGACGAAUUACAUAUACUCUGACAUUCUACAAAUUGACGGAACCCCACUUCCCAAACUCCCCGAAGAAGAAGAAAUCGUGGGUGUAAUAACAAUGGAAGACAUCAUUGAAGAACUUCUACAGGAAGAGAUCUAUGAUGAGACGGAUCAUCAUUAUGAAGAGUGAGGACUACUAAUAACUAAGUUGUUGGCUUAUAACUGAAACCAGACAAGGAGCAUGAAAUGUCUUGUUUUCGCAUUAUCUGUGAAUAUGCUGAGCGGUAACCAUCAUAUAAUAUAUUGUUUUUGUCAUGUCUAAGUUUGUAUUAAUAGAGUUUACUUACGCUAACAACCUUUCUGUCUUUAUCUUCUUCAUCUUUUGUUUGACAUGUUAAAGGUUUGUUGUAAUAAUAGAAUUUUGAAAGUGGCUCAA